UUCGUGUUGCGAAGAGAAGCCCCAUCCAAACAAACAAGCCCCAACUUUCUCGACCACCACCUCGACAUCGAGUCUCGAUAUCAUCAACAUCGGCCUUUGUAGCCCAACUCGGCCAUGGGAGCCUGCCAGUCAUGUUGCGGAGGGAGAGCCCGCGAUGGUCUCUACGAGCCAGUUCUCGCCGAUAGCGAAAGAGAAGCUGUCGCCGACCUUCUCCAGUAUCUCGAAAACCGGGGUGAAACCGACUUCUUCUCAGGCGAACCCCUUCGAGCUCUAAGCACACUCGUCUUCUCCGAAAACAUCGAUUUGCAACGGAGCGCAAGUUUGACUUUUGCCGAAAUCACAGAGCGAGAUGUUCGCGAGGUCGAUCGUGACACCCUCGAACCCAUCCUCUUCCUCUUGCAAAGCCCCGACAUCGAGGUUCAGCGCGCCGCAAGCGCAGCGCUAGGAAAUCUGGCGGUCAACACCGAAAACAAGGUUCUGAUUGUCCAGCUUGGUGGACUCACGCCACUUAUUAGGCAAAUGCUGUCGCCAAAUGUUGAAGUACAGUGCAACGCAGUUGGGUGCAUCACGAACUUGGCCACACACGAGGAGAACAAGGCAAAGAUUGCUCGCUCUGGCGCCUUGGGCCCUCUAACGAGGCUGGCAAAGUCUCGGGACAUGAGGGUUCAGAGGAACGCGACUGGAGCUUUGCUCAACAUGACACAUUCAGACGAGAACCGCCAGCAACUCGUUAAUGCCGGCGCGAUUCCGGUUCUUGUCCAGCUUCUCUCCUCGUCUGACGUCGACGUCCAGUACUACUGCACCACGGCUCUCAGCAACAUUGCAGUCGAUGCUAACAACCGACGCAAACUUGCCCAGACGGAGUCAAAGCUCGUCUCUUCGCUGGUCACGCUCAUGGAUUCAUCAUCACCCAAGGUUCAGUGCCAAGCGGCGCUCGCCCUCCGCAACCUUGCCUCUGACGAGAAGUACCAACUCGACAUUGUGCGAUCAAACGGUCUCGCGCCUCUGCUUCGACUCCUGUCUUCAUCCUACCUUCCUUUAAUUCUUUCCGCCGUCGCCUGCAUACGAAACAUUUCGAUCCACCCCCUCAAUGAGUCGCCCAUUAUUGAAGCCGGCUUCCUGAAGCCUCUCGUAGACUUGUUGGGCUCUACCGAGAACGAAGAGAUCCAGUGCCACGCCAUCUCAACCCUUAGGAACCUUGCUGCCAGCUCUGAUCGUAACAAGGCCCUCGUCCUUGACGCCGGCGCAGUUCAAAAGUGCAAGCAGCUCGUACUCGACGUACCGGUUACUGUUCAGUCCGAGAUGACCGCUGCGAUUGCAGUUUUGGCUCUUAGCGAUGAGCUCAAGUCUCACCUUCUCAACCUCGGCGUCUUCGAAGUUCUUAUCCCUCUCACCCAUUCACCUAGCAUCGAGGUCCAGGGCAACAGCGCUGCAGCUCUUGGCAAUCUCUCUUCAAAAGUGGGAGACUACGCGGUCUUCGUCCAGGAUUGGAAGGAGCCCAACGGCGGUAUCCACGGAUACCUGACGAGAUUCCUUCAGAGCGGCGAUGCGACGUUCCAGCACAUAGCAAUCUGGACUUUGCUUCAGUUGCUCGAGUCUGAGGACAAAAACCUCAUUCAGUUGAUUGGUCAAGCACAAGACAUUGUCGAUCAGAUCAAGGAGAUCGCCAACCGUCAAAUCGAGCCGGACAACGAAUUCGAAGACGACGAUGAAGGCGAAGUUGUCAACUUGGCACAGCGGUGUCUCGAGCUCCUUGGCCAGAGUGGCUCGAAGUCUCACAUUGAAGGCUAAACUAAACGAUGACUCCGGCAGGGCAUUUCGCAACAUUUUUAUUAUUCUCCAACUUCCCUAGCGGGGUACUACAGCAGGACCGAGGGGCUUUGGGGUUCUGGUCGGCGGUGUUUCGGCGUUGGUCAUGCAGAAUGAGAUUCGGUUGUUACGUUUGAGUGUAUAUUUCGGCGUGGAAGCAUUUUGAAGGAGCGUUUGUUUUGGCGUGCCUGCCCCAACUGGCGAGAUUAUGCCGUCAGAGGGGCGGACUAGUUUCUCUUACCAGGACGACCCGAACCUUUUACUUUGUAUCAAGCAUCAUGGCUCGUUUUGUCGGGUCAUCCGUGUCUCAUACUGCUCGACCUAUUAACAGGUUUGAUGAGCUUUUAUCUGGUGCCAUUGGCUCCCCUACCCGU